UUACCAGUUGUUAUUUUGUAGUCACUCUUGAGAGGAGGGCUGUGGGCUUGUUUGCAUCUGUCAUUGUGCUUGCAUGCACUAAUGCUUCACAUCAAUUAUAAAUGCCCAUCUCACCAAGUCAUUUGUUCAGAAGAGGAGGGGGUGAUUGCCAUGAACCACAAGCUGCCCCACUUUAUCAUGUGUUACUUCUCCUGGCAUUUAACUCUGUGGAUGUACUCUAUCACGUCUCUGCUGCUCUUUGUGGGGCUUGUGAGCCAAAUGCUGGAACCCACUGAGGAACUGCUGGGUACUCAGACUGUGGCUUGUUCUCGGUGGGGUGCCCCCAGUAGCCCUGGUCUGUUCCAGGAUGGGGACGUUGUUGUCGGUGGACUAUUUAAUCUUCAUUACCAAACUCCAGAUAUAGACCAUGACUUCACUAAGAUGCCUAACUACAAACAGUGCACUGGGUUGGACUAUGGUCCAUUGCAGUACAUGUAUACUAUGAUUUUCACGCUGGAGGAAAUCAAUCACAGUGAAACGCUGCUACCAGGUAUGAAGCUGGGCUACCGCAUUUUUGAUACCUGCAGCCGACCGCCAUGGGCUCCCCAGGCAGCUCUGUCCCUAGCGGGAGGAGACAGCAUCAUUUGUAGUUAUACAGAAGAUUCUGCAGGAGGAGACGAUCACCCUCUUCCUCUUAUUAUCGGUGCUGAUUCGUCAUUAACAACUGCGAUGCUGUCCGAAAUUCUUGGCCCAGUCUCUGUACCUUUAAUUAGUUACAUCGCAACCUGUCCCUGUCUGAGCAACAGGCUCCAGUAUCCCAAUGUCUUCAGGACCAUCCCCAGUGACAUUUACCAAGCGCGAGCCAUUGCCCAGCUGGUCAUACAGCACAACUGGACUUGGAUUGGGGCAGUGGUAGCAAACAGCAACUAUGGCCAAACAGCAUUAAAGAUAUUCCAGGAGGAGACUCAGGGUGCCGGGGUGUGUCUGGCUUUCAUAGAGAUUAUCAACAGGGAAAACAUCGCCAGUGAUGCCAAACGAGCUGCUUUCACAAUCCAGGCCUCAACUGCGAGAGUGAUCCUGGUUGUUAACUGGUAUACAGAUGUGAGGGAGCUAUUCCUACAACUGGCUAAGAUAAAUGUAACUGACCGUCAGUUUAUAGCCAGUGAGGCUUGGAGCACCAGUGGUGAUCUUCUCCAAAACCUUGUCACUAGAAAAGUGGCAAGAGGUGUUGUUGGUGUUGCCAUCAGAAGCUCAACUAUACCUGGAUUUGAAACUUUUCUUAGAAGCUUAAACCCACUUCAUCGUCCCUUUGAUAGGUUUUUAAGAGAAUUCUGGGAAACUGAGUUUAAGUGCAGUCCUGGGGCUGCUGCUGUUGCUUUGCUGCCUAGUCAACCAUCCAAUGUUUCUGCCUCUGUAUCUGUUCAAGGAGCUUCACUAUCACCCUGCAGUGGGACAGAGACACUCGAGGGACUGAAGAAUCUCUUGACUGAUGUGUCUCAACUCCGAGUGUCAUAUAAUGUGUAUCUUGCUGUUUAUGCUGCAGCUCAAGCUCUUCACAGCCUUCUCUCCUGCCCCAACAGAGACAGCAACUCCACCUGCUCUUCUCCAAAAAGCAUCAAACCCAAAGAGCUACUGCAGCACUUGAGCAAAGUGAACUUUACCACACCACAAGGAGAAAACUUCUACUUUCAAGGUGCUGAUAUUCCAGCAAAGUACGACCUGGUCAACUGGCAGACGACUCCUGAGGGAACGCAGAAACUAGUUCUGAUUGGUCGGGUGGACGGGUUCAACCUCCACCUUAACGAGUCAGCAAUUCAGUGGAGCACAGGAACCAACCAGGCACCUACUUCAGUGUGUACAGAAAGCUGCUCCCCAGGCACAAGAAAAACUAUUAGGAAAGGUGAACCAGUCUGCUGCUUCGACUGUAUCCCAUGUGCUGACGGAGAAUUUAACAAUGAAACUGGUUCUCUUCAGUGUGAGAGUUGUCCAUCAGAGUUCUGGUCCAACACUAACAGAACUGCCUGUGUCCCACAUCAGCUGGACUUCCUCUCUUUUAAUGAUACUCUGGGCAUCACGCUGACUACAGCAGCUUUAUUUGGAGCCACUGUGACAACAGCUGUGUUUGUGGUGUUCCUUUGUUAUCACCAAACACCUGUGGUCAGAGCCAAUAACUCAGAACUGAGCUUCCUGCUUCUUGUGUCGUUGAAGCUGUGCUUCCUGUGCUCCCUGGUUUUCAUUGGUCGUCCAUCAGUCUGGUCUUGUCGCUUCCAGCAGGCGGCUUUUGGGAUCAGUUUUGUACUUUGUGUUUCCUGUCUCCAAAUCAAAACUGUUGUGGUUUUAGUAGCCUUCCGUUCAGCUCGACCUGGUGCUGAAGCCUUGAUGAAGUGGUUUGGUCCAUCCCAACAGAGAGGAAGCAUCUGUAUUUUCACUUGUAUACAGAUUAUCAUCUGCACUGUUUGGCUGUCUCUGUGUCCUCCUGAACCCAAACGUGAUCUGGGUUUCCAAGGGUCAAAGGUCACUCUGCAGUGUGCCAUGGCCUCUGUGGUGGGCUUCUCUCUGGUCCUAGGCUACAUUGGCCUUCUGGCCUGCACUUGUCUUCUCUUGGCCUUUCUUGCUCGGAAGCUCCCAGACAACUUCAAUGAGGCCAAGCUGAUCACCUUCAGCAUGCUGAUCUUCUGUGCUGUCUGGGUGGCCUUUGUUCCUGCUUACAUUAGCUCUCCUGGGAAAUAUUCAGUAGCUGUGGAGAUUUUUGCAAUCUUGGCUUCUAGCUAUGGUUUACUGCUCUGUAUCUUUGCUCCUAAAUGUUUUAUUAUUCUUUUAAGACCUGAGCAAAACACUAAAAAACACGUAAUGGCCAGAUGUUUGUCUUCUUAAUCAUGCAUGGUUUUAGUCAACAAGCUUUAUUAGUCAUGUUGAAAAUGUAAAUAAACAUUUUGUUUGGUUGCAUGUCUUUAUUUUCCUAUAGUGUGUAAUAUAUACCGAAGCAACAGAGAGAUGAUUUCUUUUUACUGUGGCUCCAAAUAAAGCUGCUGUAAUAAAGCACAAUGGAACACACAUUUUACAGUAUGUUUUUAACAGCGAAACCUUAAUGUAUAUUAUAUGUAUACUAAUAAUAUUACAUAAAAACACAAAAGAGGAAAGAAAAAGAAAUCUUAAUAAAUUAACUUUACAUUGAUACAGUAAAACUAUCUAAAAAAAUGUGAUUCUGUAUUUUCACUUAUAUAUAUUUUAAAUUUAAAUUUAUUACAAUAGUAUUACAUAAUAUACAACAUCAAAACAUUUUUUUGUGCGUGGAUCAUGUUGACCCCCAAAUAAUGACCUACAUUACAGGCCAAGUCAUGGUUUCCAGUUCUAGAAAGGGCAACAUGAAAACAUACGUAAGAAAAUGAGAAAACAUAUGUAUGAACAUGUAUAUAAGACAAAAAGGAAAAAAAUAUAUAUACCAUAGUUAAAUGAUAAUUGUGGACACAUACUGUAUACUUUCCAUCUUCCUGCUCCACCUCUGCACUCAUCACCUACAAUUAUGCAAUUGCUAGCAUGACCCAUGGGAGAAGAGAUUCGGUCCUCAAUGCAUGUGUCAUUGUGUGCUCUUGCUUGCGAUAAUGCCUUACA